UCAUCAUAUUCCAUCUCAUUUUGUGUUGUCUUCACAAUUUAGCUUAUUGGAAGCACCCCUAUGGUAUAUCUCAACAAAGUCACCGAAGGUUGUGCUUCCCAAAUUGCAGCCAAAAUGGAGACAAUACAACCAUGCUCAAGUAUCAAAGAUAGGGUCGCAUUGAGUAUGAUCAAAGAUGCAGAAGACAGGGGACUGAUUACGCCUGGAAAGACGGUCCUCAUUGAGGUAUCCAGUGGAAAUACCGGCAUUGGUCUUGCAUCUAUUGCAGCAGCUCGUGGCUAUAAACUUGUGAUAGUGAUGGGAGCAAAAUAUAGUAUUGAGAGAAGGAUUAUUCUUAAAGCUUUGGGGGAUGAGUUAUACAUCACAGAUCCUGCCAAAGGUAUGGAUGGUAUGCUUCAGAAGGCCCAAGAGAUAAUAGAUAGAACACCGAACUGUUAUUUUCUUCAUCAGAGCGAAAACCCUGCCAAUCCAAAGAUCCACUAUGAAGCAAUUGGACCUGAAAUAUGGAAUUGUACGGGAGGGAAAGUUGAUAUUUUAAUUGCUGGGAUUGGGACUGGAGGCACAGUGACAGGAAUUGGAAGGUUUCUUAAAGAGAAGAAUCCAGAAAUAAAGGUAUAUGGUUUAGAACCAACCGAAAAUGCAUUUCUAAAUGGAGGACAACUAGGGCCACAUAAAACCCAAGGAAUUGGUCCUGGUUUAAUCUCACCUGUUCUCGAUCUCAGCAUCCUGGAUGAAGUUCUUCAAGUAUCUAGUGAUGAAGCUAUUGAAAUGACAAAGCUUCUUGCAUUAAAAGAAGGCCUGCUGGUAGGAAUAUCAUCAGGGGCUUCAGCUGCUGCUGCAGUAAAAGUAGCAAAAAGGCCAGAAAAUGCUGGGAAACUUAUUGUGAUUAUUAUCGCUAGUUCUGGAGAGCGUUAUCUUUCCACCGUGAUGUUUGAUUCCAUUCAAGAAGAGGUGGAAAACAUGACUUUUGAGUAACUUUAUGCUUCUUUGGAUUGAGAGAUAGGAAGUUAUAUGUAAAAACAACUGAAUUGUAAGCUCCUAAAUUGGUCUAAAUGG